AUGCCGGGCAUAGAAGUUCAUAAUAAUGUUAACCCACCAAUAAUUGUUGGUAUUGAGUCAGAACUUGUGGAGCCAGUUGAUGAAGUAAUCGAUGAAGCUCAUAGAAGAAUCAGCAAACUUCCUCCACAAGCACAACCAUUCGCCAACGUCCUAUUCCAAGUCGGAGCCUUUAUAUGCUCAUGUGGAAAGGCUCGAAUUAACAAUAAAGUCGCACCAAUAACCUCAAAAAUCCAAGCGCGACACCUCGAAUUAGAACCGUUAUGUUGCCUAUCAUCAUGCUUAGUGCGUGGUGGUUGCACAGCUGUUGUUGCAUUUGAGGCAUUCUUCGUGGCUACCACGUUGCUAUGUACACUCGUGCAAUUCUAUUCGAAUGGCGAAUUUCACUUUUGGCGGCCGUUCGAGCAUUCUUUCAAUGCUUACAUCACUCAUCCUGUAUUUUUCUAUGUGCUUUUGGCUUUUGACUUGAUUACUGUAAUUGCUGCGCUGUGCCUUACACAUGGACUAUUUCGAUUUGACAAAGGACUUCUACGAAUUCAUUAUCGAUAUGAUUUAUUUGCAUUGGGAUUUCAUAUAUUGGCAUUUACACUUUACGCGUUUGCCAUAUCAACUAAGGGCUCUCAACACUGGGAUUUCACAAACACGCUCCUUGUACUUUCAUUUUUAUCUCAAAUCCCAAUUCAAGUGUGGGCCCUCUCCGUCGUCAAAAGUUGCGGUGACUUCUUUGCCCUUAUCCACGUGUUUGUCUCGCUGGCAGAUAGU